UAGGCGGGCAGUGAUGGAGCCAAAAUUGGGAACUGCCCCUUCUCUCAGCGACUCUUCAUGGUCCUUUGGCUGAAGGGAGUGACCUUUAACGUCACCACGGUGGACACCAAAAGGAGGACUGAGACGGUGCAGAAGCUCUGCCCAGGAGGCCAGCUGCCGUUCUUGAUGUAUGGGAACGAGGUCCAUACGGACACCAACAAGAUUGAAGAGUUUCUGGAAGAGGUUCUGUGCCCUCCCAAGUACCCCAAACUGGCUGCUCGCAACCCCGAAUCCAACACAGCUGGCCUUGAUGUCUUUGCCAAGUUCUCUGCCUACAUCAAGAACUCAAAUCCAGCACUUAACUACAACCUUGAGAAAGGUUUGCUGAAGGCCCUGAAGGUGCUGGACAACUAUAUGAUGACGCCGCUCCCCGAGGAGGUGGAUGAGAACAGCGCUGAGGACGAGGGCCAGUCAAACCGCAAAUUCCUCGACGGGGAUGAACUCACGCUGGCCGACUGCAACCUGCUUCCCAAGCUUCACAUUGUCAAGGUAGUGUGUAAGAAAUACCGUGGCUUUGCCAUCCCCGAAGAAUUCCACGGCAUCCACCGUUAUCUCAAGAAUGCUUACGCCCGCGAGGAAUUUGCCAGCACCUGCCCGGACAAUGAAGAGAUCGAAAUAGCUUAUGAGCUGGUUGCCAAAGCUUUGAAAUAACAAACUUCAACAGAUGGGGA